GGGUGGGGUUGCGCAGGCGCCGAAGGGAACCGUCUCUGGACUGGGUAGGGCGCCCCCGCCUCUGUUGUAGCUGCGGUGUUGUCUUUUCUGCCUGAAGGAUGGCUGAAGUAGAAGAAACCCUAAAACGAAUUCAGAGCCAGAAGGGAGUGCAAGGGAUCAUUGUUGUCAAUUCAGAAGGCAUUCCAAUCAAAAGCACCAUGGACAACUCCACCACCAUGCAGUACGCCAACCUGAUGCACAGCUUCAUCUUGAAGGCUCGGGGCACUGUGCGAGACAUUGACCCCCAGAACGAUCUCACAUUCCUCCGCAUUCGCUCCAAGAAAAAUGAGAUCAUGGUUGCUCCAGAUAAAGAUUAUUUCCUGAUUGUGAUCCAAAAUCCAACAGAAUAAUUUGCCAUAUUCGAGUUGCCAUAUUUUUUUCCUUUAAUUUAAUAGUCUCCCUGAAAGAAAGCAUUACUGUCAAUUCCCUCUCACCGCUGACUGGCAUGUGGAAAACAAAAUUAUCAUGUCAGACUGGAUUUACAGAGAUCAUGUGACCCAGGUGGGGUGGGGGAGGAGUGGGGCAGAUUGAUUUUCUUAUCCUUUUUCUUAACCUUGAAUCUUCGGAGGCUACAGUUGGAGCCUUCAGCCAUCAGGAAGAAAGUCCUUGGAGACAAGCUUAAUGGCCUGGGCUGGUGCCCACCCCCUAAGGCCUGAGCUCCCUUCUGGCCAGUUGCCCCCCCCAACCCCCCUCCCAAAUCUGGGCUCUGGGCUUCUGGUUUUAAUUUUGUUGCUAUUUUGAAAUGCUGUCUAACUAAAAAUAACUGUAAUGAUUAUUCUUUUGUUGUAUCUUUACAUGCCCUGUUGGGAAGGUCUCCUCAUGAGCUAUUUUUCCGGGGCGGGGGAGGGUCUGGAACCUGGAUCUGUGAGGACAACACAAGCAGCAAGAGAUAUAGUGGAAAGAACAUUGGGGUCAGAUAACCUGAGUUCGUUGUCUUCUUGGGCAAGUCACUUCCCUUCUUUUGACCUCAAUUUCUUCUGUAAAAUGAGAAGGUUGGAUUGAGUAACCUUCAGGGGUUCUUCACAUCUAAAUCUAUGAUCCCAUGACCUGGUAGAGGAGUCAGCCUGUGAAUCCAGUGGCAGCUAGGGAGGGGGCUGCUGAAUGUGUGGCCUCUCCAAGGGAUUUGAAGGGGACACACAUCCAAUGGACAAGUCCUGGUGUGAAUGGGAAACCAUCCAUCUCUGUCUUGCAGCCACAUUCAGUGGGUCUGGGGGGACUUUGGGCCCCAUUGGGGAUUGCUCUUGUUCUGGCACAGAGGCUAACUAGGUUCCAUAGGCCCGUUAGUAGUAGAGCAGAGGAGGAACCUGCAAAGGGCUUGAGAACCAGCCCAGAAAGAUGAGGGGAGUCUGAAGGGAUGGCCCAAGGACCAGGAGGGAAGCCUGUGGAAGAAGCAUGAUCGGCUUUACUCCAACUUAGAAGAGACUUUGUAUGAGCAUUUCUGCUGCACUUUCCAUGUUAAGAGGUCAAGAGGAAAAUUAACUGAUGUGAGGCCCUGGGGGAUUCCCUAUAAAGAAAGAUUCCUUUGGGCCCUUUGAGAUGCUAUUGACCAAUUAAACGGUUAUUCACUAA